GACGACCGCGUAGCUUGCCCAGUCACGGCCACCUCUUUCAUUGCGUGGUCCACAGGACUUGCAGACUACUUCGAGUUCCACCGGGUAAUGGCGAGUUGGACUUGCAUUAUAUUUAGGCUUAUUCAGAAUUUCAACCAGCCUACAACAAGUGUCUAAGAAGGUGGCAUUGCAUCAAUGAAAUCCAGUUUUCCUCCUGAAUGCCUCAAUGACGUGACUUGGCUGCGAGAAAUCGAAGAAACAUCGGAUCGAGUACUAGUAAUAAGUCCAUAUUGAACGACAGAGCUCAGUUCCCUCCCAGCUGCCCGCGCGGGAUAGAAGUCUCAGUCCGGUCGUCUGUCCGUUUCAGAGCCGUCGGAUUCGUCAGAGGGAAAUUCAAUACAGUUUGUGCAGGAGGCGGAGGGAGUUGGAGAUUGGGCUGGUCGUCUACGUAAUGUAACAUGGAAUCCAGAAUGCUGCCACAUAGAAGGGGAAUUUCGACGGCUCUGUACGCGCUACUCCUCUUGCUGAGCAUUGCUCACUGCGCAGACUCUCAGCCGUGCAGUACUGUAUACGUGAAGCUGGGAGACGCCAGUGUGCGUGACAGCGAUGUGUGUGGUGCAGUUGUAUCUGAUCCAUGUGCUACAAUUCUAAGAGCACUGAUAAACAGCGGUGCCGCUAGUAGUUAUGUUGCUGCUGGAGAAAGCAAUUGUACAUUUGUGUCACUACAGCCUUCACGCUACAAUUCGGCCAUUGCUUGUGAGCACAUCUACCACAUAGAUGCAGUGACAAUCGAUGGAUCCCAAGCUGCUCAGAUUCCUCUCAGAUUGGCAAAUUGCGUCGAACCGAAUCAUGACAUCCAUUCAUCGUGGCUGUUCUUCAACAGCGUAUCUAAUGUAACAUUUCAAAACCUGGAGUUGAGCCUGAAGAACUUCAGCGGAUACAGUGGUCUGAGCGUUGAGUACUCUGAUAAUGUGACAGUAGUGAACAGUACCCUGCGCUACCCGACCAUCAAUACAUCGGCUAUCUUUCUCAACAACAACGGUAGAGUGGUGGUGUCCGGUUGCCUGUUUACCGGUCAGCCCAGCCCGGAUGUGUUCUCUUUAACACAGCCCAAACAGCUACCACAGUAUCACAUAGCUGCAAUACUUGUCAGCCAGAGCUGCCUACCACCACAGCAAUGUAACUCCAGCAGUCUGCCAUACCCUGAGCAGGCAUCCUGUUGUCCAGGCAUAUUGCCACAUAAUGCAAUGCCUAGUCCCGAGGUCCGGAUUGAACUCAGUACGUUUGUAAACCUAGGUAUCCAGCCUAAUCUCCUGGCUUACUCCAGCAGCAUUCACUAUGAGGAUGCCUCAGCUAUACAUUUUGGUAUCGAAAUGGCCGUUGACUACGUGGGUGUGGUAAGCAGGUGUACAUUCACGAACAACUAUUCACCAUAUGACACUGUGCUGAAACUGUAUGCUGGGCCUGGAACAACCAACAUAAAGUAUCGCAUAGAGGAUAGCGUAUUCAAGAAUGGCUGGGGCUACGUUGGCGGUGCAGCCUUCUUCCGUGUGACGAAUACAUCCGUCAAUGCCUCGCUAGAUGUCAUCAGAACCACUUUUCUCAACAACACCGCAGCGAGUGAAGGGGGAGCGAUUGCUAUCUCGGUAGGCCGCAACCAGUUCGCCGACCCGUCCAUGUAUGAAACACUGCACUUCGCUACGAUCGAUGGAUGCAAUUUCACCAGUAACCGUGUUGGCCGCAUCACUCGACUCAGUGCAGGCGGUGCCAUAUCCAUAAUCUCAUCCUCGUUCUAUGCAGCAGUUAGUGAAGCAAGGCAGAAGCUACCCACAUUGGUCAUUCGACACACUACCCUGGUCAGUAAUGUAGCCUUCUAUUCCUCAGCUAUCUACUCGUCAGGAUCCAAUAUAUCCGUGGAAGACUCGUACUUCGCCGGAAAUUACAAAGACUCAGCAGUUGGAAUAGCAGGCUCCCUUCUGCACCUUGGACGGAAUGUCACAUUCUUAUCAAACCAAUCACCGACGUUUGGUGGUGCACUGGCUCUCUAUACAUACAGUGCUGUGAGAUUCGGUCAGAACUCAUCGGUUGUGUUCGAAAACAACUCAGCUGUGUAUGCUGGCGGAGCUAUUUAUGCUGACUUGCCAUCGUCCACCGUUGACAUAGCUAAUCUAUUGGAUUUCAGCUCUAACGUUGGCCUUUCGAAACCCUGCUUCAUGCAGUCAGAUCCAACAGCAGUCUAUUCCUUCAAGCCGGAAACGAACAACAAUGCAACUGUGAUCUUUGACAGAAACCGAGCAGCCUAUGGAAGCUCAAUCUAUGCAACUAGCUUUACCGCAUGCCUUAAUGACCAGAGUCCAGUGCUGGGUAACCUAGACCAGAAUGUAAUGGACCUUGUCUCCAAUCUUCAACAGAAUAUUGGCUCCGGGGCUGUCUGGUUGAUUUUUCAAUCUGCUGGAUGUCCCUGUCUGAAAGUUAACCCUCUAAACUUGACAACAUACUGGUUAUACCACCGCGACUGUACACGAGAGCAGAUUUACAACGACACCAGAACAAAUCCUCUCUAUAUCAACUCAGAUUACACUGAACUCUUGGAUAAUUACACCAUCAACACCAGAGCAAUCUUCGAGAGCCAGCCAGACACAAAUGGUUUUGGAGUUUUUGCUAGUCCACAAGUAAUGGCCGUUCCAUGGGCUCUAUCUACCUUUGAAUGGUAUUAUCCGAGGAACCAGCUGCAAGAUUAUCAAGAGGACGAACUCGGAAACGACGUUCUCAUUUCGACGUAUAUUAGCAGCGUAACACUGUACCCAUCUCCUGGUGAAGUAUUCCCGUUGCAGGUGCAGAUGGCUAAUGUCUACUUCACUGUCGUCUAUACACUUUUACAACUCCAGAUUGUCAAGGGAUCAGCCUUAUUGGUUUACAAUGGGCAUGUCCAUAGCUAUCUUGAGUCACUCCUCUAUGUGCCGGAUUCGCCCGUAUUGCUUGCACUUGCUGGACCUCCCGGUGAGGAGGGAGAGCUGCGCAUUACAACUACUGGUCAGAUUAGUACUGCCUCACUGGAGCUGAUCAUCCCGUUUCGAUUACGACCAUGCCCUCUGGGAUUCUACGAGACGAGCUUUAUGAAGACAGCAACAAAAAAGGAAAUUCACAAGUAUGUACAUGGAAUUCUUAAGAUAAGACUUGAUGAUGACCCGAACUCUGAUGGCAACAAGUUGAUUUGCCAGUGUCCAACACACAUUGACGGCGUUGAAAAGUGUGCUAAUGGCUCUGAAAUCAUCAUGAGCUGGCAGUACUGGGCUGGUGAGAAACAUGGCUCCAACGCUAUCGACAUAUCCAAGACUGUUCCACUCCGGGCAGUGAGCAACCUCACAGCACUGGAGAGUGAAAUCAGGGAGAGGAGCUUUGUGACUAGUUUGUGUUUCAACGGCUACUGUGUCAAUCAUAAACAGUUACAGUGGAAUGUGUAUCAGCAGUCUCCAUGCAUAGAGAGUCGAACUGGUCCUAUCUGUGGCGAGUGUGAGGAGGGCUUCAGCCAGGCUAUUUCAUGGGAGCCGACAUGCCUCAAAUGCACAUCAACCGACAUACUCCUCGGUAGUGUUGGUUUCCUAUUGAUAUUUGUAUACUGUGGCAUCGACAUGUUCCUGUUCGCCUACUUUGAAACUGGUAAAUCAGCUGUAUUCGAUUCCUGGGUCAGCUAUGAACAGUUCAUAAUCUUCCUAAUCAGGCGUGACAUGGUGUUCCCCACUCUGCUCAAUUUCGGCUAUAUAUCAUGCAUAUCCACGACACCCAAUGUCCUGCAGAUCACAGCCAUGCUCUACGUGGUUCCAGCGAUGUUCUUUUUCUGGAUUUUCCUCACCUUCCAGUUAAGUCGUUUUGUGGCGGUGCGACGCUUUGUCAUGGACACAUCGUUGAUCGUGGGAUUGUGGACAGUUUUGACGUUCUCCUACUGCUAUUUGUUGUAUCCCUCAUUCAAUAUUCUGGCCUGUCACUACUUCGAUGAUGACUAUGUGCUCUUCUCCAAUGCAGCCAUAGAAUGUUACAGUUCUGAACACUGGCCUUUUGCCUUGUUGGCGUUCAUGACAAUUUUUUUCAUCGUUAUUCCCAUACCCCUUGUUCUCAUAUUUAUGCGCUCUUCUCCGCGGAUCAAGCCAUUCAUGGAUAUCUAUCUGAGCUUCGUCAAGGACAAUCGCUCUUGGUACAUAGCAUAUGGGAUCGGACGUCGUAUUCUUGUUGGCCUGCUCUCUGCGUUCAUUGUGGACACCCAAGCACGCCAGCUCUCGCUGGCAUUCAUCGUGCAAGUCUUUCUUCUGCUUCAUUUUGUCAUUGUGCCGUUCCGCAGAACACGGGACAACGUAUGGGAGGCAAUGUUCCUAUCAUUUGCGUGCUUGUUUGCGUUCUUCGGCCUACUACCGAUUAAUGAGCAUCCGACAUUGGCUAUUCUAUUGCGAAUAAUCUAUUUUGUACCUUCUAUAAGUGCUUUCAUCUAUGGCAUCAUAACAAAACGAAGGAAGGUUUUGACAUUAAUAGAGUUACUUCUUACUUUUCUCCUGGCUCCAUUUCUAAUUGCUUACUUCUGCUUGAGAAAAAAGCCACUCCAGCGUAUUAGGUUUAUGGCGGACAUGGACAGGACGGGUCGUAGCGAGCCUCUUCUCCAGAACCAAUCACCGGAAGAUGCUGUAAAGCGUGCUCAAGAUGUGUAUCACCUCCGAGAUGACUUGCUCGUUGAUGUGUUCAAUGACGCUUCUUCAUCUACAUGAUCUGAGUGCUCAUUUACAUUCUAUAAGUAUUAGUUAGUAUUAUAAAUAAUUCAAUGACGAAGGGUCAGGUUGAACAUGCAUGAACUUGUACAUCAUGAAUCUUGAGAUUAUCACUGGUGACUUAUUUUUUACCUCAUUUUUUCCAAACUUUUCUUUGCUAGUGUUGAAGCUACAUGAA